UCCAUCCCGGGAGCUUUGGCCGCCCUCUCCAGCCCCGGGUGCCGUGACCGGUGCAGCGCGGCUCGGAACGGCCCGGCUCCGGCCAGCCCGGCUCCGGCCAGCCCGGCUCCGGCCAGCCCCCGCAGCAGCGGCUCAGUGCAUCAUUGUCUGGCAUUGUUGAGGGUGGAAACCCUCACCAUUCCUUUGCGCCCUCUGUCUCAGCCAGCUGUGCCCAGCCUGCCCCAGGGAUGGAGUCCCUCCCUGAGGCAGUCCUGAUCCGAAUCCUGGCCUCCCUCCCUGCCGUGGAGCUGGUGCUGGUGUGCCGCCUGGUCUGCUGCCAGUGGAAGAACCUGGUUGAUGGAGCUGCGCUUUGGAUCCUCAAGUGUCAGCAGGAAGGCCUCACCAGAGCAGGGUCAGAUGCAGAGAACUGGCAAAGCUUCUACUUCCUGAGUAAGAAAAGGAAGAAUCUCAUCAAGAACCCGUGUGGUGAAGAAGGCUUGGAGCACUGGGGAGAGGUAGAGAAUGGAGGUGAUGGCUGGAAAAUUGAAGAGCUCCCAGGGGACUUUGGAAAAGAAUUUCCUAGUGAAGAAGUCCAUAAAUACUUUGUCACAUCUUAUGAGUGGUGUCGAAAGGCUCAGGUCAUUGACCUCAGGGCUGAGGGCUACUGGGAAGAGCUGAUGGACACAACCCAGCCUAAAAUCAUGGUAAGAGACUGGUAUGCAGGACGCAGUGAUGCUGGCUGCCUCUAUGAGCUGUGUGUGAAGCUGCUCUCUGAGAAUGAGGAUGUGCUGGCUGAGUACAAAAGUGACACUGUCACCAUCCCUGAGGGAAAUGAUGCCAACUGGACUGAGAUCUCUCACACCUUUUCCAGCUACGGGCCCGGGGUGCGCUUUGUGCGCUUUGAGCACGGUGGCCAGGACACGCUGUUCUGGAAGGGCUGGUACGGCGUCCGUGUCACCCACAGCAGCGUGACAGUAGAGCCAUAGCCCUGCUCAACCACCGUCUGCAUGCUGGACUUGACUUCCCUCAGGGCAUCCCUAGCCUUUGGAUGGUUUCUGCAUGGUGCUGCUGCUGGCUAUAGAGCAAAUGGCCUUUCUGCGUAGGAUGCCAGGAGCCACCACCCAUCCUUCCUCAGGGGGACUGUGCAAAGAAUGUGAAUGAAUUUGUGAAUGCACCACAAGACUCAGCCUCACCACGUGCACUGGUGUUCUCUGUCAGACAGGAGAUCACCUAAAAAUCCUGCAGACUUCCUCUCUUAGUCUCUAAUCCCUGGCACCCAGCCUGAGUCAGCUGUCUCUCCUGCCUGCUUCCCUGACUUGGGCACUCCUUAACUUGAAGGGAUACUUUAAGUAUAUUUUCUGGAAGGUAGAGUGGGAAGAAAAGAAUAAAGAAAACCACAGACCCUGUGUCUCAAAACAUACCAGGGAAACCCUGUCCCCAACUGUUUCCAUGACCUGCAGUGAGAACCUUGGCUUCUUCCAUUUAUCAAAAGGUUCUUUUAUUCUUUACCACAGAGGGGCUCUAGCUUGGCUGUCAAUACUGUUAGUUCAAUUUUUAGUGAUAAUGCAAAGCAAGAGAGGUUGAAUCCUUUUCUCUUACACUGUUCCCAGCAUCCAUUUAUCAAGGGAAAUGUUGGAAAGAGAAACAUGUCUGGUGUCCAGCCCUGGGGCUGCAUUUGGCUCCCUCAGAUAGAUGGCAUCCAAGAGUAAUUGCUGGCAGUGAGAGAGAUGACAGCAACUUCGGGAAGUGGGUUAGAAAACAUUUGGGAUGGGGUCCAGAAACAAAUGAAAACAAACUAAUUUACCCCUUCCCGGCCUCUGCAAGCUGCUUGCAACAAGCAUCCUGGUCAUCCAGUGUGACUCUGCUGGCAGGACACAGAGAGCUGCUGGCUGCUCCACCUCUCUGACCGUGUCUGCAGGUACAGUCUGCCUCUGCCGUGUGCUUGCUGACAAGACAGCACUUCAGUCUCCCACCUGAGCUUCUUGAUAUCACUCAGGGCUGUGUGCCCCCUCCUGAACAGACCCCUAAGCUUUCCUGAACCAAGACUGUCCCUGCUAUUAUUCCACUCAGAAGAGCAUCCCCUAACAGAGCUGGUGUUGUCUAAAGAAAGUCUAUUUUUGUGUCCAUGUGUCUUCCCUCCCUGGGCUGCCAUUUGAGUGCCUCUUGACACAUGUAGUGACUGCAGCCAAAGGAAGGAGCUUCCCACCUGGACCCUGUGCAUGCUGCUUCCUCAGGCUUUCUGCACAACUGCACCUGGGUGCCACACACACAGAGUCCAGGCAAGCAUAAUAAAGUGACA